UUGGCCUCUACGCUGGUGACCCACAGGUAGAGCGUGAGGUAUCAUCGGAGCAACAUCCGGACCCUUUCGUCCGAUUUGGUGGACUUUUGUGGUCUUUCAAGGCCUAGCAAAGAAGAUGUCAGCAGCAUCAGGCAGCAGUGUUCCCAGUGCAAAGAUGCCUCAGCACAGCUGCCCUCUCUGCAGUUUCACCUCCACACACCAGGGGGCGCUGGAGUCCCACAUGUCCAGUCACCUGAGGAGCAAGCCUCAACAGUUCACCUGCAGGAUCUGUGGCUACAACACAGUCUGCCACAGUGGUAUGGCAGAACACAUGGAGAUGCACAAGACCAGGAGGCCCGGCAGAGGAAGACAGAGGUCCAGAAGUUUCUGCCUCCUGUGCGAGUACUCAGCGGCCGACCGGCUCCAGCUCGAGUACCACAUGUUCUCUCAUGCUGAGAAACUUGGAGACCUCUUACUGUGCAGGGACGGGGAGGUUACGCAUGGCAGCAGCACUGCAGGACAGAUGGUCUCGGGCCAAACAAGUGAAGGGCUCGCUACUGAUGUAAAUUCAGCCAACAGAACAGUUCAGAAGGUUCACCCUAGGGGUACGCUGUGGUGUGGCGAGUGUGGGUACACCACGCGGUUGAAAACCGACCUGAGCAAGCACUUGAAAACUCACCAGAAAAAGUUCGUGUGCGACGUGUGCGGGUUUCAGUCGUGGAACGAGCUCGCCCUGCAGGCCCACAAGGGCGACCGCCUUCUCGAGUGCGAGAAAUGCGGUUACAGUGUUUCGUGCAAAGCCGAUAUGCGGAAACACGCGAAGACUCACCACGCAGAAAAGACCGUUCACCGCUGUGAGAAAUGCAGCUUCCAAACAGCUUGGAAGAGUGUCCUCGACUCACACGUAAAAAUCCACACGGACGAGAAACCCUUCACGUGCGGACAGUGUGACUACAAGUCAGCAUUUAAGGAAUCACUUACAGGUCAUCUCAAGAACAACAUGAGUGAGAAGUCUUUGCAAUGUAAGGACUGCAGCUACAGGACAACUUGCAGGCGCGCCAUGCGCGUACACCUCAAAAACCAUGUCUACACCUGCAAGAAAUGUAACGCCAUCCUGAAUUCAAAGGACAAUCUUGAAAAACACAUGAGAGACCAUCAGAAGGAAGAGAAGGAGCAGGCAUUGAUUUGCGAAGUUUGCAACUAUCGUGCGUUCAGCAGGACUAGCUUAGACAUCCACAUGCGUAAGCACACGGGGGAGAAACCAUUUGCAUGUGGGGAGUGCAGCUACCGCGCCAAGUCGAAAACCACGCUCAGGAUGCACGUCGCAAGCAAGCACAAGAAGACCUUCCGGUGCCUCGAAUGCGGUUUUGGUACGAACAAGGAAGACAAAAUGGACGAACACGUCAAGGUACACGUGAAGUAUUUCACCUGUGGCGACUGUGACUUUGUAGCAGCGAGCAGGGAGGAGAUAGACGCGCACAUGGACACUCACACGGGCGCACAGGGCACGAUUAUGUGCGGCAAAUGUCGGCAGUACUUUACCACCAACGGUGCUAAGAUGGGGGCACACAUGCAAAAUCAUCUUUAAUAUGGUCUUGGGUCUUGGGGGUUAAGGUAGCCAACAUCAACUUGCUGAUGAUUCUGCUACACUGUAGUAUUUGGGCUGAAGAAUUUGGACCAUCGCACACCGGAGCAUGCCCCUACUCUUUUUCAAAAGGUGUGGUGGGAUCUUUAGCGUGCUCGAGGUGUGGCUCUCCUCAAACACGGGACCUCCAGUUUACGUCCUAUCCGACGGACGUCCCUAACCGAAGCUAGGUACUCAUUUACACCUGAGUGAAGUGAGGAAAUUCGUGCCUUUCCCAAGGGCACAAGAUUGGUGACAUGGGUAGGGAUAGAACCCUGGACCUGUAGGUUCCGAGCCGAAUGCGCUACCGCUGUGCCACACGACCCCACAAUAUGGCUGCAGUAUACACAGUAGAGGGGAUUCAUUCCUCAAGCUAACCAACAUCACGCACACGCAGUCGUCCCUCAG